UACACGCUUUGUGGAAACGCCCCCUCCAUUACGCGACACACGCCUCGAAGACUCGACACAUAUCGUAACAUCACUAAUAAGAAGGAACCAACCCAAAGGUUCCAGCCACAAAAUGUGCAUCGAGGCCUCUCUCCGUGACAACAGACCAAAGUUCUUCUGCUGCUUAAACGUUCCAGAGCAGCCACCACAUGGCAUGCUUGAUCCUCUUGUGCUAAAUGUGUCUGCAGGAUAGAAGCUUUGCAUGACAAGCGACUGCAGUCUGGCGAGGAAGAAGAACAAACAGAAAAAGAUGAGGUCCAGCUUUUCCAAAAAUGCAGUUGCAAAGUUAGAACAUGAUAUCUGCGAGCUCCUCCGUGACCUGAACAACUAUGCUUUCUGUGACACACCCACCCACUGCAUUCGAGCGGGAGUCCUGAGCUACCACCGCGAGUCUGACAACCCUCGACUUGCCAUCACAGCCGCCCAUUUAGAGGCUCCAUUCGAGUAUCCAGGUAAGUGUGAAUACUGCCACCGGAACGCCCGGCCUGUGCUGGAUGUGAGAUGGGAAGACGAGCUGGAGGCGGUGCCGGGCUUCUGCUGUGCCCAGCGCAAGAUGCUUUGCAUGGCCCUGGUGAGGAAAAGGCCUUCGGUAGAGGCCGAACUGGAAGAGGAGAGCGUGAGGCCCAAAGACAAGCCCUCCGACUUGGCAGAGGCGCUGCUCAGCGGCAGAGAGAAGAAAAACACAAAAAAUUUUACAGACCUCUCACGUGGACUAAUGGAGCUAGCAGACUUGAAGAGAGACGACGACGCCUCCCAAAAGGCAGAACCCACCCAGGAGACAAAGAUCCUCAGCUUCCGGCUCGCUGGUUCCGCGGAAGAGGGAGGUUGGACGCUCAAGAAUGUGCCCGAGAACGUCGUGCAACUCAAAACGGAGGAGGCCAGAGAGUCCAUUUGUGACCACAAGCCGCCUCUGUUUGGCAUAUGUCAUUUUAAGGAUGGGGAAUUUCAACAGAAGUUUUACAUGGAUGGCAAACCCUUUCUCAACAUGUUCCCAGAUGGCUCUUCUCAGCUCUUUUAUCCGGGAGAACUCUUGGCUCUAGUGUUUGUUAUCACCAAAGACAAGGAAAAGGUUUGCAUCGUGUAUGACAACAACCACGUGACGCCCCACGGAGCCAUCAGAGCCAUCUUCCAGUCUAAUGGCAAGGCAACGUGUUACCACAGCAACGGAAACAUAUGGUUGAGUCUAAACAGAGCUGGCGGUCAGUGUUUGGACGAGACUGGCGCCAGGAUCCGUCGCUGGAGCUGGAAAACGCUUCCUCCCCCUCACCUGCCUCCUCUCUUCCUGUCCCUCAAUAAGAACAUUGGGGUGCGGGUCCUGGGGAAGGAUCAAAUUUUUGUCUCCUUCCUGGCUAAUGGUCAACAGGCACGGUGUAGUGUGGGUAGCUGCAGCGCUCAGUGUAAAUGCACAAGACAGAUGCCUACAAGCGGACCAUCGCUGCUGAAGGACGAGCUGUUUGUGCUGGCCGCCCGGGUGAAGAUCCACCUGUGUAUCCAGCAUCUUAACUGGAGUUUUCUGACACCACUGCACCAGAAGAGCACGCCGGCCCCAAGCAUCCGCGUCUUCGGCAAAAAACUCCUGGAAAUCAGCACCAACGUCCUGAUGAGCCAGCACGAACGAGCCUUCAUCAGGGGCUGCCUUCAGGACUGUCUCUAAUAGAAGACCCCCGCUGCUUCAUAGUUACAAUAGGUUUUUAAUUCAUCAUAUCAACUCAUUCCAAGUUAUGCAAAUAUAAAAAUUACUCAGAAAUCAUAGCAAAAACGUAGUCUCUCAGUGUUAGUUGGACAACAGCAUGACAAGUUUUUUUUUUUUUUUUUUAACAGGGCUUAGCUACUUUGACAAUAACCUUUUAGUAAUUCUACAGGGUGUUCAGAAGGUCACUGCAUUUACCCAUUAUUAAGACAUGUUUCAAUAUAGACAACAGGAGGUACAUAAUCUAUUCAGUCUCGUAACUAUGUGUGCACAUUGCACGUAAACUAUAAAGACAAGGUGGAUCCAAAGUUUGUGUCCACUUAUUCCUCCAACGUAGGCAAAAAGGAGGAAUUAGCACUGAAGUGCAGGGAUCCCUGACUUCAGCCCUGGAUUAGCAGACCGCACUCUUUUCUGGAACGGCUAACGUCUGGAUAAUGUAUUUAAGUUGACAAAGCCAUUUACAAGCUAGAAUAUAUCCACUUUAAAUUUUGACUUGUUUCAAUAUAGAAUAUAGGCGGUACAUAUGUUUUCUAUAUUAAAACAUGUUUGUUAAUAAAAAAUAAGUGCACAGUGACUUUCCAACCACCUUGUACAUUUGGCUCAGUGGUAAAAAUGGCAUUUUAUUAAAGACUACUGUAUACGCAA